AUGCAGUCCGGCAUCUCAGCCUCGCAGGAGCUGGUCUCCCAGUUCAACGAGCUGCUCGGCUCGGACCGGCACUUCGGCCUCCUGGCCACCAUCGCGUCCGAGCAGCUGCAGCCGCUGCGCCUGCUCACGCCCGCCUCGCCUGGCGCCUCCUUCGCGUCCAACGUCGCGUCGCUGCUGCAGCCGCACGUCAAGCCCAACGAGGCACUCUACGUCAUCCUGCGGCGCCAUGCCACCGCGCCCGCUCUGGUGGCCGUGACCUACGUGCCCGACACGGCCCCCGUGCGCCAGAAGAUGCUGUUCGCGUCGACCCGCCUGACCCUCGUGCGCGAGCUCGGCAGCGAGCACUUCCGCGAGACCUACUUCGCCACCACCCCCGAGGAGCUCAGCCCCGCCGGCUUCGAGAAGCACGACGCCCACAACGCGCUCGACGCCCCGCUCACCGAGGAAGAGCGCAGCCUGGGCGACGUGCGCCGCGCCGAGCAGGAGGCCGGCGCCGGCACCGCCAAGCGCGAGAUCCACCUGAGCACCCACAUGGCCACCUCCGUCGCUGAGGACGCGCUGGCCGCGCUGAAGGAGCUGGCUGCCGGGGACGGCAGGUCGCUGGUCAUGCUGAAAAUCAACCCCGACUCCGAGUCGAUCGAGCUCGUGCCAGAUCAGGCGGCGCCGUCGUCCAUCCCGGAGCUGGUGCAGGCCAUCUCGCCGGCCGAGCCGCGCUUCACCUUCUACCGCUUCGCGCACACGCACGCCGGUAGCGAGACCAGCCCGCUGCUGUUCUUCUACACGUGCCCGAGCAGCUUCAGCACCAAGGCCAUCAAGUUCCGCAUGAUGUACCCACUGAUGAAGCGCGCCGUGCUCAGCGUUGCCGAGAAGGAGGCAGGCCUGCGGCCGGAGAAGAAGUUCGAGGUUGAGGAACCGAGCGAGAUCACGGAGAAGGCCGUCCUGGAGGAGCUGCACCCCCAGGCCGAAGUGAAGAAGGGCUUCAACCGGCCGAAGCGCCCGGGGCGCUGAUGACGCAUCGAAGGCGAGCUGCCGGCCGAAAAAAAACAUCUUUGCUGGCACGUGAGAUGGAGGUUUUUGGGCAGUUAGCAUCUGGCUCCUCGAGAUUUACUUGCGCCCAUCGCCUGCAG